UCGCGAAAUCAUGCUCUUCUGUACAUGUCAAUUGCUGUAAUAAUGUCCAGGUUCAAAAAAGAAAGGCUGCAUAGCAACAGCGACUACUCACCGAGUUUUGGAGUUUCCAUCAUUUUCUGUGCCAACGGAUGCGAAUGCCAGAAUGAAAGCAGAGACACUUCAGAGAUUAACUGCUGCUAUUGAACAGUGCAAAAGCAGUAAGGAUUUUUCGAAGUUGGCUACAGAAGAAAGAUUCCUUCUCCAGUAUCCUUUGAGUGCUGGUCAGUGUCACCCUGGUCACGAUGUCACCACCAUGCUUGGCAAGGCAGCCUCACAACUAAGCCAAAGGGUACACCCUUCUGUUAUAGCUCGCAUUAAAGAGUGCGUGGUAGCUGGUUUACGAAGCCCGCGUGACAUAUCCAACGUCUUGAAAAUGGAGAGCACAGCAGGCUUGUCCCGUGCAUACCAUCCUCACGCCAAGGAUGUACGCUGGCACGUGUUUUCUUCUUUGCGCUCUCUUCAAAUGUCAGUUGUGGAUCAAUUAGAGCUUGGAAUGAAGGUGGAAAGUUGGAGAGAACAUGCGAGACACCCGGAUAUCACAUUUCGUCCAUAGGUUGAAGCAAAAGAAGGAUCCGACGGACUUCGAGAAGAAGAAGAACGGCAGCAGAUGCCGAAUGUCUUCCUAGGGAGUGGAGGUGGGGACUACGAUGAAGCCCUACCCACUCUGGACAACCAACUCAGCACACGCCUCCUAUUUAUCCACCAGGAACAAUGGCAAAAGCGGCUGCUCUCUAAGUACGGCCAGCUUGUGUUAAUUGAUGCAACAUACAGAACGACAAAGUACAAUGUAGCUUUGAUCUUUCUGGUCGUGCCAACGGCAACCAAGUAUAUGGUAGUUGCUGAGUUUGUCAUUCAGAGUGAGUGCGAAGGUGACAUUGCGGAGGCUCUGGAGAUUAUUCGUGGAAAGAAUCCGAAUUGGUCUCCUGAAUUCUUCAUGACUGACUAUUCGGAGGCUGAAAUGUUAGCCAUUCGUCGUGUGUCUCCCGGUGUUCGAGUGAUGCUCUGUGACUUGCAUAGAGAACAGUGCUGGCUCAGGUGGGUGAAAGACAGCAAACAUGGCUUGUCGCAAGAUGAAGCGAGCAGCCUCUUGGACAUGCUUCGAGACUUGGCCUAUGAGCCACCAGCACAGAAAGGCCCAGUUGACAGUGGGUAUCGCCAGCUUGAGCUCAAGCUGCAGGAGUCACAGGUGUGGCAGGACCACAAGGCUGUUCAAUCCUGGCUGCAAACAAAGUGGUUGGCAAUACCAGAGGUCCUUAAAUAUACUUUCCUGCCACGCAACAGAACAACACUGGCAACUCUGUUCACUACCAUCAUUGACGUAUUCCUGCCGAGUCAGCUGAGAGAGUUCUCAUUCCUCAAUGUGGUGAGGGCAUUUAGAUACCAGCUCACUUCUCUUGCUUAG